AUGGCAUUACGCAACCUUUUUGUGCUGGGUUUGUUGCUUCUAGUAUGCCUCUCUAAUCUGAUGCAGGUUUCAUCUGAUCACGAGAUAGAAAUGGAAGAAGAAGAUGAAGAACUUCAUCUACCUAAUGAGUUGCUUACUGUGCGAGACGGCAACAGGAGGCUAAUGCAAGACAUAGAUUGUGGAGGAUUGUGCAGUUCUAGAUGCAGUGUACAUUCAAGGCCAAACUUGUGUAACAGAGCAUGUGGAACUUGUUGUGUGAGGUGCAAGUGUGUUCCACCUGGUACUUCUGGUAAUAGGGAGCUUUGUGGGGCUUGUUACACUGAUAUGACUACCCAUGGCAACAAGACCAAGUGCCCUUAG